AUGGAGUCCAACCUGCAGGGGACAUUCCUCCUGAACAACACACAGCUGGCCCAGUUCUCGGAAAUGAAGGCUCCCAUGUGCCAGUACUCGGUGCAGAACUCCUUCUACAAGCUCAGUCCUCCGGGACUCGGCCCCCAGCUGGCCGCUGGGACGCCCCACGGGAUCACUGACAUCCUGAGCAGGCCGGUAGCCACUCCAAACAGCAGCCUCCUCUCUGGCUACCCCCACGUGGCAGGCUUCGGUGGACUCGGCUCCCAGGGGGUCUACUAUGGCCCCCAAGUGGGGAGUUUUUCCAAGGCUGGGAAUGAGUACCCCACCCGGACCCGGAACUGCUGGGCGGACACAGGCCAGGACUGGCGAGGCGGCGCUCGGCCCUGCAGCAACCCCCCAGACCCCCUGAGUGACACCAUCCACAAGAAAAAGCACACUCGCCCUACCUUCACGGGCCACCAGAUCUUUGCUCUGGAGAAAACCUUUGAACAGACCAAGUACUUGGCUGGCCCGGAAAGGGCGAGGCUAGCAUACUCCCUGGGCAUGACGGAGUCCCAGGUCAAGGUGUGGUUCCAGAACCGCCGUACCAAGUGGAGGAAGAAGAGCGCCUUGGAGCCCUCAUCCUCCACGCCCCGGGCCCCGGGCGGUGCGGGCGGGGACCGCGCGGCCUCGGAGAACGAGGACGAUGAGUACAACAAGCCGCUGGACCCGGACUCGGACGACGAGAAGAUCCGCCUGCUGUUGCGCAAGCACCGGGCCGCCUUCUCGGUGCUCAGCCUGGGCGCGCACAGCGUCUGACCCCGGGCCCGCCGCGCAGGCCGGCCUUCCCCUCCCCUUUCCGCGCAGCUAGCUGAGGGCUGGGGGCAGAGAAGAGGAGCGCAGGGGGAGGGGGAGGAAAAGAGGAAGGAAAGAGAAAGAGGAGGAGGAGGAGGAGGAGGAUGAAGCGAGAGGCAAGGAAGGGAAGGAGGAGAGGGAUGAUGGUGAGCGCAUCAAGGGAGGAGAUGGCACAUCUUUCUGCCAUGUCUCCCCUCUGGGCCCCUUGCCUGGUCAGUCCUGCGAGAAAGUGAGCAGGCUUUUUGCUGCAGGGAACCUGGCUGUGGGGCUCUCCAGAUGCGUUGCUUUCCCCCCGAGGGAACAGCCGGUUAGGGAGUCAACAGGUACUGCGCCCAGUUGGCGGCUGUGACUGCAGAGCCGAAGAUGGAGCCUGAGGUCCCGGUGUGCUUCCGAGUGCUCCCACUUGUGGGGGCCAGGAGGAAACCCACCUCUGUGAGGGGAGUGGGUUCUGAAAACAGAGACUCUCGUAAAGCUGAGUUUCAGAACCCUGGUGGCUUCCCACUGCACUUUACUCUGAAUGUAGAUCCCUCUGGAACAAGGAAGACAUUGACUGGAAAAGGGAAGUGGGGGAAAGAAGCAGAUGAGAAAACCCUGAGGUUUCGUUGUCCCUGGGAGACACCCAUCAAGGCAUUCCUGGGUACCCAAGGACAUCAGAGCUUGGGGGCACCUUAGCAGGAAGGAGAAAAGGGCUCUGAAAGCCACACUCCUCCAACAGGGGCACCAGAUGGGGAGAAGCCCAGGCAGGAUGAGGGGCUGAGGACUGUUGGGUACCUAUUGCAUAUCCUCUCCUGGACCAUCCUGUAGCCUGGCCCUGUACCGGCCCUGUCUUCUGCUCUGGGUAUGUUGCGCUCCAGGGAGAGGGUGGGCUGACCAUAGAGGAGCGCAGC